AGUAAGUACUGUUAAAAUGAGCGUUACAUGCCUGCAACGGUAAAUAAAUAGGAAAACUCCCUGAUAGGAGUGUAGUGUUUUUGGUAGAGAAAACAGGACGCUCCUCUCAUAAGGUGUCGAAGAGGAAAAACAUCUCUGAGAAGAUGGUGAAGAAUAAAAAUAUCAGAGGGCGCCCCAGUCGCUCUUCCACAUGCAAGACAAAAAAAGCUGGCUCCCAGACUGCAAGCAAGAAAGACUUGACUCCUCUGGAUGACCCAGCAGACAUUGACAUCCCUGCCGCUCCUCCACAGAUCCAGACCACUGGCCGAGGUCAGUUUGGCUUCCCAGACAGAGUCUACCUGCUGGCAUCAGUCAUCUUCCAGAAUAACCACCAGGAGAAGCCUGCUGCCCUCCGGUUGGUGAAUUAUGGCAAAGAGAGAGGAAUCCCAUUACCUGAAAUCAAAGAUGAGGAGAUGCGAAGUGCUGCUUAUGAACUAGCCUUCAAUACGCUUAAAUAUCAAGAACUGCUGGAGGACAUUAUGAUUGACAGCUGCUUUUACCUCACUCAGCCAGUGCCAGAUGAUCAGAUGGGCCUUGUUGCCGUCAUGCUAUAUGACUUCCAGGACAGGAAGUUUAUCCCACGGGAACACCAGGGGGAGGAGGAGAUCAUACAGGAAGUUAAAGAUGUGGAGAACUUUCUCCUGAGGUGUAAAACCAAGCUGGCAGCCUCCCUGGCCCGCUCCAGGAUCAAACACGAUCUCUUGUCCAUUGAGUGUAUCCUGCCGGAGAGUGUGAAGACGAAGCAGGAGAGAUCAAACAGCCUUCCACUUUACACAUGGGUCAACACACUGAAGAGCAGCCUUGAUGAGGUCCAAAGUGUGCUGAAGGGUGCGGGCUUCUCGGAGGUGAAAUCGAUUGGGCAGCUAGAGGGCCAGACCUUCUGCCAGGAUCCCCACUGUGGGGAUAUACUGGUGUUCCCUGCUCAGCUGAAAGCUCAGCUGUAUUCCACCAAGCUCCUUAGCGACCACAAACUCAUCAUCCAGGAUAAGUCUUGCAGCCUGGGUCCAAAUACCGUGUGCUCCGUGUUACCCGAGGAAGGAGAUGUUCUCAUGGUGGGCUGCUUCUCUAGCCUCACUGUCUCCCACACUGCCUCCCUAAUUGCUGAGAAGCGGAAAGCCAACAGCAACAACCAGCCCACAGUUUAUGUUUGUGUCAGUGAUCGUACAGAUGCUCAGAGGGAGGAUCUACAGCAGGCCGUCUCUGCCAUGGGCUGCAAAAAUGUGGAGCUGAUACCAGUGAUCUUCCAGUCUUUGGACGGCGGAGACAAGCGACUUCAGAAUGUACGUGUUAUCCUGUUGACUCCCAAGUGUUCUAUGUCUGCAGUCAGCAACCCGAUUGCGUUCAUUCUGCAAGAAAAUGGAGACACAGACCUGCUCCAGGACCUAUCCCAGGGCUCCAUAGCCCGGAGCAAACUGGAAGCUCUGGUAGCCCAGCAGAGGAAAGAUAUUGAUCAUGCCUUGAAGUUCCCCAAGGUUGUGGCAGUGCUGUACUCUACCUGUUCUUCAUACCCAGAGGAGAAUGAGGAGGUGGUGAGCAGAGCCCUUGAACAAGCCAAGGCCUGCUCUGAGCAGGAGGGGGAACCAAAACAAGCAAACUUCAGGCUUAGUCCAUCCCCAUUCAGCUCUCCAGACAAUGCCCAGGGCCCGGAGGAAACAGAUGCCUUCUUCAUGCUAGAGCCCUCUGAACAGAGUAACGGCUGCUUCCUGGCUGUUCUCACCAGAGAGUCCGAGCCAGUCAUCAGAGAGGCCCCGCAGGAAGUGCUGGCCAGGGCAAAUGCCAAAGGUAUACUGGACAGGAUCAGCACCAACCAGCCAACCAGAAAAGAGCACCACGGACAUACCAACAGGAUGAAAAAAGCAGCCCAUGGUCGCUCCUCUCAUCCCCACCUUUCUGCCAGUAUUCAAUUAAAAACCCAAGAGACCAAGCGCAGCAACAGUACUACACUGUGCGGAUAUCAGGAAUUUACCAACAGGCAGCAGUCAUCACAAGGAAAAUCCAAAGCACUGCGCUUGCAAGCCCUAAAGAGUGCCGUGUCCAGCCGCUUCUCUUCCUUGAAACAAGAAAGCGGCAGCUCCUCCUCUUCCAACAGCACAUCCACUAAAAGCAUCAGCCCUGAAUUCAACACUCCAAUCAUCACUACCACCACCACCACUCAGCAUCCCGUCCUUCCUCCUUCUGCCCCUGUUGUCCGUCCUCGUAGAGCUCAUCAGGAGGUGCUGAAGCCCGUGGUGCUUGUUCUGCCUCCCGUCCACUUCCCCAGCUUCUUCCCACCCCAGCACAGCCGAACAGGAUUCGGCCCCAGCUUCAGCUACAAGUGGAGGACCCCAGCUCAAACUGCACCCCACCCCCGCUCCGGUGGUGGCCUCUCCAAGGACACUAUGGUGAAGUCCCGGCCUCUGCCUCCACAAAUAUAA